CCCACUUUUUAAAACCAAAAAGUCUUGCUGUUUAUAAAAAAAACUUAUUAAAAAAUACCAUCUCUUUAAAUUUAUAUAAAUGACACAAAAUAAAGAUGAUUCGCUUCAAUAAAUUCACUAAAAUCAUAACAAAAAUCCAAAUAACCAAUUUACAUCGUAAUUAUGCUAUCAAAAAGAACUUUCGUCUCAUAGAUCCAAAUGAAAAUCCCUACGACAAACUACCGGCUGAAAUAAGAUCCAAAAUCAUAUUUAGUUCAUUUCUUGAAAAACAAAAACCUUUACUUGGAUAUAAGCGUAAAAAAGUUGUUGAAGAUAAACGACAACAAGAAGCCGAAAGAAAAAAAGUCCAAAACAUUUCAGUUAAAUCAUUCCCGUUAUCGUUGAGGGCACUUCAAUCUUAUAAAGAUGAAGAAGAAGAUGAGAAUGAAGAUCUUCCAAAUUCAGGGGAGAAAACUAAUGAUUUGGAACACGACCAAGUGGUUAUGCCGAAACAGACAUCUGAAAGGUCGGAGCCACCACAACAAUGGAUGAAUGACUAUGAAUUCUAUGAAAAUACCCUUAAUGAAAACGGAGAAAUUGUCUCUAACUAUGGAACUCCAGAUCCUUUAGUGCCUGCAUCAAGAGUACCAUGCAACGGCUGUGGAGCUCACUUGCACUGUACGAAAGCAGUUAUUCCCGGUUAUAUUCCAAGUGAGAUCUUUAAAGGUCGCACAGUAAAAGAGUUACAGCAAAUAAUAUGCCAACGCUGUCAUUUCCUGAAACACUAUAACAUCGCUCUAGAUGUCGAGGUUACAGCCGAGACUUACAUCGAAACUCUUUCAGCAAUUAAAGACAAAUUCGCUUUAGCCAUUCUUAUUGUCGAUCUCUUAGAUUUUCCUUGUUCCAUUUGGCCGGGUAUACAAAAGAUUCUUGGUGAUAAACGUCCUAUUGUCGUUGUGGGCAAUAAAGUUGAUCUACUUCCAAAAGAUUCGGCUGGCUAUUUGAAUCAUAUUAAGAAUUGUUUAAAGGACGAAAUAGUCAAGAGUGGUUUGGAUGCAAUGAAUAUAAAAAAUGUAAGUUUAAUAUCAGCUAAAACUGGCUAUGGCAUUGAAGAGCUAAUAACACAGUUGCAAAAAAUUUGGACUCAUAAAGGUGAUGUGUUUUUGGUUGGAUGUACGAAUGUUGGCAAGAGUUCACUAUUUAAUAUUCUUUUGAAUUCUGAUUAUUGUAAGCUUGAAGCUACAGAUUUAGUGAAAAAAGCUACAACAUGUCCAUGGCCUGGUACAACAUUACAAAUGUUAAAAUUUCCAAUUCAAAGACCAUCGGAUUACAGAGUCUAUCAUCGUUUUCGCAGACUUUUUUCUGAGCGUGCUCAACGUGCAGCCGAGGACAAACUUCGACGGGACCAGGCAAAUGAAACGGGAAGCAUUAAACAUGCAACUCUAGUCGGUCGUAUUGGUAGAACAAUAAUCGACAGAAAAGAUCCCGCAGAUUCGUUUGCAAUGUCCUCUGGUUCUCAACCUAUUGUAACACUCAAUGAAAACAGUAAAGAAUUUAAAACGUCGCAUUGGUGUUUCGACACACCUGGAGUUAUGCAACCGGAACAGAUCCACAAUCUCCUUACGACAGAAGAACUUUACAAAGUACGCCCCUCACAAAUGAUAGCACCAAGAGGUUUCCGUUUGAAACGAGGAAUGACAUUGUUCUUAGCUGGUUUGGCAAGAGUUGAUUUUCUAGACGGAGAUAUUGACUCGAUAAGAUUACCAGUAUAUUCCUCCCAUAAACUUCCAAUUGUCAUAACGCCAACGGAAGAUGCCUCCGAUAUCUAUCAAAAAUACCUUGGUAGUGAACUUUUUGGUUUACCCGCUGGUGACGAAGAGCGUUUGAAAAGAUGGCCUGGACUUAAACCCUCCGAAGAAAUUACCAUUUAUGGAGAAUCCGAAGAUGCAGCCACUUGUGAUAUCCUCCUGUCAUCAGCUGGCUGGAUUGGAAUACGAAUCCCCGUCGAUCGGUAUUGUAUUUUAAAAGUGUGGACACCAGAACGACGUGGAAUCUUUAUUAGAAAUCCAUCACUUGUACCCUAUGGCGAUCGACUACUCGGGAAAAGAGUUCGUGACUCAAUAGCUUACAGAAUAGGAAAACCUUUUUUUAAAGUUUAUUAAAUGUAAUUUAUUCAAAUUGAAGUUUUUUAGUUUUAUAAACGAAAUUUUUAAGAUUA